CGCGUUAUAAGUACGGCCACAGCGAACAGCCAACAUGCAGCUGAGUAGCAGAGCCCUACCCGAUCAAGGUAUCUUUUGAUAGCAAUUCGCAUGAGACCGGUGGUUGCUCGUCACUACUUCCCCUGCUUCCACCCCCAGGAAACGUAGGGAAGCAAUGGCGAGUGAUCUGAGAAAUACGGUCCGAACUUGAUCAGGUUAAACCCUGCGAAAGGACAUCAUGCUUUGCUCCCCUAUGCCCCAAGGCUGCUACUAAUAGCUCUAGGUCGCCCUCAUGGAACCUAUCGCAAACCAGCACGAUGUUGCGACCGCUGAGAAAAUACCUCAGUUUGCGUCAAACACGACAGACGGACCACAACUGCCCACCACCGCGCAGGAGUCGCAGGUAGAUAAUGGAACACGCCUUGGAAGAAUGCGACAAUCAUGGCAGGCUUUUGAGAAGCAGCUUGUCUCAUACAAUCUCGAAGCACGUGGGAUCCAGCGCGUCGAACUAGACGAGCGACAGGACUUGCGCCUAUUAGGGUACUCCCAAGUCGCCAUCAUGUGGUUCUCCGUUAAUCUUGCCGCUAAUAACAUCACCCUUGGCAUGCUGGGUCCUGCCGUCUUUGCGCUCGGCUUUGUGGACGCAUGUUUGUUGAGCAUCUUCGGUUCGUUCGUGGGCUGCCUAGUCAUUGCCUACAUUGCGACGUUUGGCCCCAAAAGUGGGAAUAGGACCAUGAUUUUUUCACGAUACAUCAUGGGGUGGUGGCCCUCCAAGAUUGUGGUGGUUCUCAACAUCAUCGUUCUUCUAGGCUACGCGAUGAUCGACUGCGUCGUUGCAGGCCAAAUCCUCUCGGCGGUGUCGGGAGGCUCCAUGUCGGUCGUGGUAGGCAUCAUCAUUAUAGCCAUCAUCGCGUGGGUCAUCACUACUUUCGGAUACCAAAUCUUCCACUAUUACGAGCGUUGGGCUUGGCUCCCACAAGUCAUCGUCCUCUGCAUUCUAGCUGGUGUAGCCGGUCCACACUUCAACAUUUCGUCUGCCUCCCACGGCGAUGACAAUCCAGACACCACAAUUGGGACGCGCAUCAGCUUCUUCGGCUUGACCCUCGCAGCGGCGAUCACCUACGGUGGAGGAGCAGCCGAUUACUUUGUGUAUUAUCCCGAGCACGCAUCUUCCUGGAAGAUCUUCAGCAUGACUAUGAUUGGGCUAAUGUGUAGCUUCACAUUUGCUUUCGUCCUGGGUGUCGGGCUGGGGUGCGGUAUGCUGGCAAACGCUGACUGGGAAGCUGCAUUUGCCGUCUCCCAAGGCGCUCUCAUCGUUGAGGCGUAUAAACCUCUUGGCGCAUUCGGCUCUUUCUGCGGCGUUGUCGUUGCUCUAGGUCUUGUUGCCAACCUUAUUGUUCCGACAUAUUCUUCUGGUAUCGACGCACAGAUUCUCGGUCGCUGGGCAGGCGCUGUACCCAGGGUGGUCUGGAACACCGUCGGUGUAGUAAUAUACACUGUGUGCGCAUUAGCAGGACGCGAGCAUCUCGCCGUGAUCUUUACCAACUUCACAUCUCUCAUGGGAUACUGGGUAUCUGUCUGGAUUGCCAUCACUCUAGAAGAGCACUUCAUCUUCCGCCGCAAGACAGGGUUCAACUGGGAAGUAUGGAAUCAGAAGAAGAAGCUGCCAUUAGGCAUUGCAGCUUUUGUAGCUUUUGUGGUCGGCUGGGUGGGCGCGAUUAUGUGCAUGGCGCAAGCUUGGUACAUUGGACCGAUCGCUAAGCAGGUGGGAACACAGGGAGCGGACAUGGGCAAUUUUGUUGGCUUUGCAUGGGCUGCGCUUGUGUACUUUCCGUUGAGGAUGUGGGAACUGAAGAGGUUCGGACGAUGAUCGAUAUAUCCUACCACUCCAACAGAGUCAUCGUUUAGCGAUCCAACUCGUAUGGAGUAGCCUGUUCUCCUGAACGAUGUUCAAGACAACCCCCCGCGCUGUUUCAUGACGACAGUAUGAAAAUCAUACUACUCUCCUGGUCUGGCCUCUAUAAACUAGACAGCGCUCUGGGGCGCACACUAUACUUGGCUUAUGGUAUCUGUCAUGUUCUACUCUUUCAUCAUGUUUCUAUGUCCCUCGUUCGAUGCGUCUGUAGAUGUUGUUUGAAAGCCAUCGCAGCAGCGUUGCGGAAUACAAUCGCUGAGACCUAAGCCUGUUUCUUAUUUGAAUUUCACGCUGUUGACGUCUUCUCGUAUGCAAUAGCCUGGCUACCCAAAACCCUCUAUGU